AUGAGCAACCGCAACAACAAUCAUCCCACCCACCACCACACUGCACGUUUGGGCACGGUAGCACAUACCGAAGCUGCCCUUGGUACCGGCGUUGACUAUGAACGACCCAAUGAAGGUGAAAACAAAUGGUACGACAAUGUCGAUGACGUGUUCAAGGAAAGACACUCGCAGCCAAAGAGAGCACAACAUGAAUCCCGAGGACAUCGCAUCGAUCGUGAGCUAGCCGAGGAGGAUCGUGAAGAAGUUGCAGAGAAGGAGAAGGCUCGUCAAAAUCGUUAA